CUAGACAGCAGCACUGCAGCCCUGUGGGCCUUGCCAUGGUGAUGAAACCGACGCCGAUGAAGCCUCCAUCCAAGGUCAUCGCUCGAAACCUGGAGCAUGCUGUGGAAGCCUUGAAGACCGGUUGCGUGCGACGGAUGGAUCUGAGGUAUCGCAAGAUCGGAGACAGAGGUGCAGAAUGUUUGUCAGAAAUCUUGUUGGCGAAUCGCAGCCUCGAAAAGUUGGAGUUAGACUUCAAUGGAAUCUCGUCUGGUGGCGCUGCCCGCAUUGCAGAGGCGCUGACGAUGAACUCCACCCUGACGCAGCUGUUCUUGUGCAACAAUUUCAUUGAUGAUGAGGGUGCCAUCCAUCUGGCCUCCGCGCUGGAAACUGGAUGUGCCUUGAACCAGCUCUACUUGGCCGGGAAUUGUAUCACCAAUCGGGGAGGGCAGGCGAUUCUUGCGGCCCUCAAGAAAUCUGGUGCAGUCGUGGACAUUGACCUGUCCUUUCAAAGCGUUCCGGACGACUGCAUCCAAGAAAUCAGGGCAGUCCUGCUCGCAAACGCCCAGGCUCGCAGACCGCAAACAGUUUAGGUCUUUGGACGUGGAAGACUGUGUGCCAUUUGUGAGUUGACGACGUGGCGCAAACUGCAAACCUCAGAGAUGUUGAUC